AUGACAAACGAGGGAAGGAAUUCCACUGGGCACGCAGCGAAAUCCAGUACCUUGCCGUGGGUUGAAAAGUACCGUCCUGUCACACUUGACGAAGUUGUGGCGCAUGAGGACAUUCUUUCCACAACAAGGCGGCUUAUGGACAGCGGCAAUUUGCCGCAUCUUCUAUUCUACGGCCCACCCGGCACGGGAAAGACGACGACCAUUAAGGCGUGCGCUUACUAUCUCUUUGGGAAAGACCGCAUCCGAGCGAAUGUUCUUGAAAUGAAUGCCUCAGAUGAUCGUGGUAUUGAUGUUGUCCGACAACAAGUGCGUGAGUUUGCCAGCACGAGUUCUUUCUACUUUGCCUCUGCCCCCGCUGCGCCCACCAUCGCUGCAUUCAAGCUGGUUAUUCUCGAUGAGGCGGACCAGAUGUCCGGUGACGCGCAGGCCGCGUUACGACGCAUCAUUGAAAAAUAUACCAAAAACGUUCGCUUUUGUAUUUUGUGCAAUCACAUCAACAAGAUUAUUCCCGCCUUGCAGUCGCGUUGUACUCGUUUUCGGUUUGCACCUGUCAAGAAGAGCGCGAUGUUAUCACGAUUAAAGUUUGUGGCACAGGAAGAGGGUGUGCGUUUUACGGACGAGGGACUUGUAGCAGCGUUUCGUCUUAGCAAUGGUGACCUGCGUCGGUGUCUUAACACGUUGCAAGCUUCUGCCAUGUCGGCAGGUGAAAUCACAGAGGAGUCUGUGUACCGUGUCACUGGUAACCCCACCCCAGCCGAUGUACGCGGGAUUGUGGAGGACAUGAUUGCACAUGAUUUUGCUGCUUCGUGGGAGAAGGUGCACCAAACUGUCUCCGAAAAGGGUGUCUCUUCAACCGACUUGGUACGUGAAGUGCAUCACAUUGUGAUGGCUAUGGAUUUGCCGCAGGAGAGCAAGUGUUUCUUGCUUAUGAAGUUAGCAGACGUAGAGUAUUAUGCUGCCGGUGGUGCGAAGGAAACGACAUGCAUAAGUGGUAUUUUGGGUGCCUUUCAGUUGGUGAAGGAAGCGUUAACGCAGAAGAGACACGUUUUUGCGCUUGCCAACUUCUGA